AUGGGGGAUCCAAGAAACGCAGGGGAGAACAUCACUCCUCACGAGCUCAUCAGCUCCUACUUCAUUGGGCCAAGGGCUGAGAACAUGAAAGAUUUUGAAACCAAUAUCGCCGCCAUCCUGGCAAAGAUCAAAAACACUAGACUCGGCUAUCAACCCAACACAGAUGGACAGGAGGAUGUUUUCAUUUCCAACGAGACCCGCACAAAGCUCAAGCCAAUAAGGGAUAAUUUCACGGCUGCAGUCGGGCAGGCUGCCGAAACCCUGGGAAAACAAUCAAUACCCUCCUGGCAUCCUCGGUACCAGGGCCACAUGUGUACAGACAUGACGAUGCCUGGUCUUUUGGGUUACUUUAUGACCAUGAUUUACAGCCCAAACAAUGUCGCCGUGGAGGGAGGUCCUUUCACUACUGUAGUUGAGCUAAGAGUGGGAAAGCAAUUGUGUAAGAUGUUUGGUUACAGCAUAGAUGAGGAGAAAAGGGAUAUGCCUCUCUCCUGGGGUCACAUCACAUGUGAUGGGACUGUAGCCAAUCUUGAAUCCAUCUGGGUUGCACGUAAUCUAAAGUUUUAUCCUCUCAGCCUGUAUCAUGCUAUGAGAGAGGGACCUCUUGGGUUUAUCGCUGACGAUUUCCGGGUCACCACAUGUGUUGGAGAAGAGAAGCUAUUCAAAGAUCUCGGCGUCUGGGAAUUGCUCAACCUGCGUCCCGAACAAAUCUUGGAUAUGGGAGAAGCUCUCUAUCAGCAGUUUGGGAUUACUUCCAAAUAUCUUGAAGAGGCUCUGAAGCCAUUCAGCAUUCAGACAACCGGAAAAGACGUGCUGGAAAACGAGUUCCGUAUCAAGAAGCCGGCCAAGUAUUUGCUCGCUCAGACACGGCAUUACUCAUGGCCGAAAGGCGGUGCAAUUGCCGGCAUUGGGUCUGCAAAUAUGCAGGGCGUGGAGGUCGAUAUGGAAGGUCACAUUUCUCUUGACGCCUUGGAAAAGGAGCUUAAUCACUGCCUUGAACAACGGCAAGCUGUGUAUGCCGUGGUAGCUGUUAUUGGAACAACUGAAGAAGGUGCAGUUGAUCAACUGCAUGACAUCUUGGCUAUGCGUCGAAGGUUCCAGGACAGGGGGCUGUCAUUCCUAGUGCAUGCCGACGCUGCCUGGGGUGGGUACUUUGCAAGCAUGAUCCCACGGGAAAGAAUGAACUUGGCAGGACCUAUCCAGCAAAGGGACAGGGAAGAGGCGGUUCAGAAAAAUCCUCAACUGCCUUUGAGAGAGGACACGCUGAAAGACUUGAUUGCGCUAAGAGAAGCUGAUACCAUUACGGUCGAUCCCCACAAGGCGGGCUACAUCCCCUAUCCAGCGGGAAGUUUAUGUUAUCGGGAUGGCCGCAUGCGGUUUUUUGUCACUUGGACCAGUCCAUAUUUGACUCAGGGCUCUAUGGAGAAUAUUGGAGUGUAUGGUGUGGAGGGCAGCAAGCCCGGUGCGGCUGCCAUGGCAGCUUGGAUGUCUAACCAGACAAUUGGUCUAGAUCCUACCGGAUAUAGCCGUCUUUUGGGCGAGGCAGCCUUUACUAGUGCGCGGUUGUCUGCCUGUUAUGCUGCCAUGCAUGCAGGGCAUCCUCUCCAUAACCGAAAAUACAUCAUCGUACCCUUCAAACCGUUGCCAAAAGAGAAGGAAGGCUUCGAUUGUUUGUCUGGCGAGGUUGACGUCGAACGCAGGAAGGUACUCGAUUGUAUCAUCAACAGGACUGAGGCCGACAUUGAGAGGGAGGGCUGGGAUGCUCAUUUGCCUUGGCUGCGACAGAUCGGAUCAGAUCUCAACAUCAAUGCCUUCGCAAUUAACUGGUAUCGGAGUGACGGCACACUAAAUAGAGACUUGGAAGAAGCCAACUAUCUGAUGAGGCGGGUGAUGAAUGGACUUUCCAUCACCUCUACCAGAGGAGAUCCUCAGAGAGUACCGCUGUUUCUAACUUCAACGCAGUUUGAACCAGCUAUGUAUGGCCAAUGCGCCCAAAAUUUCAUGCGGCGUCUAGGAUUGGAUGCCUGCGAUCAGGCCCUCUGGGUUAUAAGAAACGUUGUGAUGAGUCCCUUUCCCACCAGUCAAAAGUUCAUCGGGUUUUUUAAGGAUACUCUCGAAAAGGAGAUUAUCAAGGGAGUGGACUGGUGUCGCAAGCGAAACAGUCUUGAAGAUAAGAAAAUAACGUUCCUUCUCCGGGGAACUGACAAAAUCUUCCUUGAUUUCCAGACGAGCUUCCACGCAGCGACCCAACGCCAGCAAAUUAUCUUGGAAGCCACGCUGAUGCCAAAGAACACUGAUUUGGCGUCCAGCAAUGAUGCAAAGAUGAAAGUAAAUAACGAUUUCAUUGAUCUGAAGAGGAAAAACCCAGAUAAGGUCUUUGCAUUUGAAUCGAGCAGCACCGUGAAUCUAGAAGCGCUGAUCAAAGGAAUUGAGGAAGGACCGCGAAUUGUUGGAGGUUCGAUUAGUGCCCCUGGCCUUGAUCCAGAAUCGACUAUUGAAUGUCGCAUGGAGAUGAAGCGGGUUGUCAUAAGCCGUCCUUUGAAUCCAACCAAUCGCGACGACCAUUACCCACGACACCUUAUGCCAUUUUAUCUAUAUGGCUCGCAAAAUGAAUUUCAUAUCUCACAUAUGCUGCUCCGAGCACCAAAUGUGGAUUUGUCGGCCUGCGGCGUUACCUUCACCGAAGCCUUGCCUCAAAGAGUGCUCGCUCUGCUGGAACGUAGAGCUCUGAUCCUCACAUUGACCGAGUACCGUGAGGAAACAAUGCAUCCAUUCCCAGAGACAAACAGCGCUAUUCUCGAGAACGAUAAUUUUUUCUUCCGCCCCGGACAAAGGUUUCAGGUAAAGAUCUUUGAAGAUCAUCAGGAGCCUACUGCAAAAGGCCCGGGAUUGAUUGACAACCUCCGUUUUCCAAUUGCACGAGAGGAGAUGACGCUAAACAGUGAUGUUCACGUCGAUGUAGAGGCUCUGAACAAGGAUCCUCUGGAAGAAGAGCAAGUAGGUAUUUCGUGGGAGUCUGAGUUGGACCAAAUCAGAGAAGUCUUGAAUUAUGGACACGUUGCGGCAAUGAAUGCUGCUAAUGCUGGAGGUGCUGAAUGUGAUGAAAGUGAUUAA